AAACUAUGGACGGACAGAAAUAAGAACAAGAAGAAAAUAUCUGUAUUGUGAUUUUGAUAGUGUUCAAGAAAUUUAAUAAAUAAAAAACGAAUGUUUAUUUCUCUAUAAUCAUAGUGAACUUCUGAACCAAUUCAGAUAGUGCAACAUUGUCUAAUAUGAAAUAAAUGUAUGAUUUUUUUUUUAAUAUCAUGAAAGAAGAAGACCGAUUUAUAUUUAAGGAAAAUUUAAAAUGAGUCACAAAAGUGACAACAGCAGUUUGUCACAACCUUUAAGGGUAGAAACAGAAGGUGAUAGUGUUUCUUCUACUAAUUCUAAUUUUGGCGAAGAAGAUAAAGAACGUUUUAAUGGGCAUACCGAAGAAGAUACAAAUGACCUGGGUCCACUACCACCAAAAUGGGAGAAAGCAUAUACAGAAAGUGGGGAGGUGUAUUUUAUAGACCAUUCUACGGGUACAUCACACUGGCUAGAUCCUAGGCUUUCAAAAUUUCAAAAGAAGUCCUUAGAAGAUUGUAUGGAUGAUGAAUUGCCUUAUGGUUGGGAAAAAAUUAGUGAUCCUCAUUAUGGAAUUUACUUCAUCGACCAUGUAAAUAGAAGAACACAGUAUGAAAACCCUGUUAUUCAAGCUAAAAGAGCAGCUGCUCAAGCUUCAACAUCAUCCAUAAGUCGUUUGCCUUUUACAAAAGAUCCUGUUGAACUGUGUGGCCAGCGUAUUACAACAUCUUUGGUAAAAUCUUCCAGAGGUUUGGGUUUUACUAUUAUAGGCGGUGAUGAUGGGGUUGAUGAAUUUUUACAAAUAAAAUCUGUUGUACCUAAAGGACCUGCUUGGUUAGAUGGAAAAUUAGAAAUGGGAGAUGUAAUUGUUUAUGUUAAUGACAUUUGUGUAUUAGGAUACACACAUAAUCAGAUUGUUCGACUGUUUCAGUCUAUUAGUGUGGGUUCAACUGUUUCUUUAGAAGUUUGUCGAGGUUAUCCAUUACCAUUUGACCCUAAUGAUCCAAAUACAGAGGUUGUUACGACAAUAGCAGUAGAUGAUAAUCUUCAAGUGGUUUCAGUUGAAAAACAAUUGAGUAGCUUAGAAAGUAAAUAUAAUUUCUUAGACAGGAAUGACAACAAUAGAAGUGAAACAAAUAGUAACCAAGAAUCUGUACAUGAUAUAGAUAACAUUUUAAAAGAAAUAAACAAACUGAAUGUAGGAAAAUUGGAAGUAACAGUAAAAAUUGUAAAAGGAAACUUGGGAUUUGGUUUUACCAUUGCAGAUAGUGCCUGUGGCCAAAGAGUAAAGAAGAUUUUAGAUCGCCAUCGGUGCAAAAACUUACAGGAGGGUGACAUUCUUCUUGAAAUUAAUAAUAUUAAUUUACAAAACAUGACUCAUGACAAGGUUGUACAAGUACUAAAAAAUUGUCCUUACAGUAGUGAAGCUACCAUAUGUGUUCAAAGAAAUUACUGCAACAAAAAUUCAAAUAUUCGUAACAAACCACGCAAAAAUGAUAAUAGGCUUAUUGGGAAAGAGAAGAAUGACAGAAGUAAAACCCCUACAGCUGAUAUAUAUUGUACGCAAACUCGAGAAGUUCUACCUGCUAGGCCUAAAACUCCACUUAUUGAUACUCGUCAUCAAACUAAAUCUCCUGUUAAAGAUUUAGACCAUAGUACUGACGAAAUUAUGAAACGAGACUUACAUAAUGAAAAUUUUAAACAAGAUUCAGCAACAGGUUUACGAUUGUCUCUUAUAGAUAACACGGAAGUCGAUGACGAAGAUCUACUUCUGCGUUCUGAGAAGUUCAAUCAAGCACCACCUUACUAUAAUAAAUUUCAAGACUGUCACUACUAUGAUAACUACAAUUAUUAUAAAAAUGUUGAAAAUGGCAGUCUUUACGACUUCAGUGGUAUUAAAAAGAGUGUUUCUCAAGAUUGGUGGGUUUUACCACAUAAUUCGGAAUACAUCGAAACUGCCGUUACAUUAAAUCGUCAUGACACUGGGUUUGGUUUCAGAAUCAUUGGAGGGAUAGAAGAUCGCUCACAGGUCGCGGUGGGACAUAUUGUGCCAGGAGGUGCCGCAGAUUUAGACGGUCGCAUAAAAACAGGUGAUGAAAUAAUAAGCGUCGAUGGUUAUUUAGUUUUGCAAGCGUCUCAUAGUUGCGUUGUGCAACUUAUGAAUUCGGCAGCUGCAAGGGGCCAAGUGCAUUUGGUAUUAAGGAGACGUAUAAACCAAUCAUACAGUGGUGUGCCUCCAGUAAUGACGAAUUUUCCCGUUCAAGAAUAUUCACCAGGUGUUAUGUGCCCUUCCACCUCCGUGUCAAAUGUUCCACCUAACACGUAUGAUGUUAGAGUAACGAGAAAUGAAAAUGAAGGAUUUGGUUUUGUAAUAAUAUCAUCGGUGAACAAAAUCGGAUCAACCAUAGGUCGUCUGAUCGAAGACAGUCCAGCAGAACGUUGUGGACAGCUUAGGGUCGGGGAUUACAUAGUAGCAGUUAAUCAUAUAGACAUUAUGAAUCUUAGUCAUGGCGAUAUUGUGACGCUCAUAAAAGAAUCUGGUUUAUCUGUUACACUUACCAUUGCACCAAAACCAGAUCUGUGAUUAAAAUUUUGUAUAUAUGUGAAUCUUAGUUUUUUUUAAUUUGCUUUUAUGUAACAAAACUGUUUUAAUUAAUAUCUCGAAAUAAAUAAAU